AGCAGGAUUCGUGCUUAUGGAGAAGGCCUGACCAAUGUCCGCAUGCACCAGUCGUCUGCGUUUGAGGUGGACACUGGUGGACUGUAUAGUUCCAAGAUCACUGCUGAUCUAAAAGCUCCAAGUGGACGCACCACCCCAUGCCGUGUUACUGAAACAGCAAGAGGCCGAUACAAAGUAGACGUUGUAGUCACAGAAGCAGGCACCAACUAUUUAGACGUGAAAUAUGGAGAUCGUCACAUCACGGGCAGUCCCUUUGCAAUCAAAGCUGCUGAUCCAAGUCUAAUCAGAGUUGACCUUGUGGACAGGAUGAAGAAACUCGUUGGUGACCCAGUAGUUUUUAAUGUUGAUGCAGCACAAGCUGGCUCAGGAAGCCUUGAGAUCAUGGUGAAUGGCGGCCAUGUUAACUGUGAUGUCACAGAAACAGGGAAGCAGACAUUCCGAGGGAAAUUUAUUCCAGAGAAACCUAUCACUCACACAGUUGAAAUGCGCUUCAAUGAUCAGCCAGUUCCAGGAAGCCCAUGGCAGAUCCUAGUUGAGGAGGAAGACAUCAGCAGGAUUCGUGCUUAUGGAGAAGGCCUGACCAAUGUCCGCAUGCACCAGUCGUCUGCGUUUGAGGUGGACACUGGUGGACUGUAUAGCUCCAAGAUCACUGCCAAUCUGCGUGCACCAAGCGGUCAAACUUUCCCAUGUCGUGUAGAUGAAACAGGACAUGGCCAGUUUAAAGUGAACUUUGUCGUGACCGAAACAGGCACUCAUUAUCUCGACGUGAAGUAUGGGGAGCGGCACAUCAAGGGAAGUCCUUUCACAAUCAGGGCCUCCAAUCCUGCCCUCAUCAAGGUCGAGCUUCCAGAUAAGCUCACCGGAUUCGUCGGCACUCCCAUCUACUUCAAUGUCGAUGCGUCGAAAGCCGGCUCGGGGAACCUCGAGAUCAUGGUGAACGGAGGGCACGUGUUCUGCGACGUUCAGAACCUUGGCAACCAGAGGUUCCGUGCAUCGUUCACUCCGUCCGAGUCUGGAUUACACAACCUCGAGAUGAAAUUCAACGACGAAGCGCUGAGAGGUAGCCCAUGGCCGUUCAACAUUGUCGAUCCCUCGAAGAUCAAGGUGUACGGCGACGGUCUUCGCAACGUCGGCGUUAACAGAAUGACGUCAUUCGAGAUAGACAGCCAGGGAGCAGACAUUGACGAGCUCGACGCUCAUCUGCUCUCCCCAAGCGGAGAGCGGGUUCCAAUAAAACUCGUGGAAACCCCGCAAAAGAAUGUCUACAGAGCAGACUAUGUUGCUAGUUCGCCUGGGUUGUAUACUAUUGAGACGAAGUACUCCGGGGCUCACGUUGGCGGUGGGCCAUUUACUGUGAAAACCACUGAUCCGGGAGCUGUCUUGGUCGAUAUGCCCCAGGGACCCGUGUGCAAGGGCAUACCUGUCACUUUUACUGUUGAUGCCUCCCAGGCUGGCUCUGGCAGCCUGGAGAUCAUGGUCAAUGGUGGCCAUGUCAACUGUAGUGUGGAGAAUCUGGGCAGUCAGCGCUUCAAGGGCACCUUCAUACCCGAGACCGUGUCCAGACACACGGUCGAAAUGAGCUUCAACAAGGAAACCGUGAGAGGGAGUCCAUGGCAGUUUGACGUCGUUGACUUGAAUCGCAUUCGCAUGUACGGCGAAGGCCUGAAGGGCAGCACUAUAAACAAGCCUGCGUGGUUUGAGAUCGACACCGGUGGCCAGCCCGGCAACCUCCUUGAGGUCAAGCUAACAGAUCCAGAAGGACGAGUGUUGCCAACACGAGUGACCGAAACACAGAAUAAUGUGUAUAGAGUUGAAUACGCUCUAACGGAGAUGGGAAAGCAUACGAUGGAAGUGAAAUAUGCAGGCCACAAUGUCGGCAAUAGCCCUUACAGAAUCAAGGCGACAGACCCUAAACGCAUUAUAGUCCAUGGCCUGCCUGACAGCAGCAUCAGUUUCGUUGGAGUUCCUAUCUCGUUCAUUGUCGAUGCGAACAAGGCGGGCUCGGGCAACCUGGAGAUCAUGGUGAACAAGGGUAAAGUGCAGGUGGACGUCGUCAACCAGGGCAUGCAGACGUUCAAGGCAUCGUACACGCCGCGUGAGCCCAAACCUCACAUGCUCGAGCUGAACUUCAACAACGAGCCCGUCCCUGGUUUCCCGCGCACGUUUGAGAUCCUCGAUCCGGCAAGCAUGAUGCUAUAUGGGGAAGCCCUCCAGGGUGGACACAUACACAGGAACUACCAUGCAGAGCUGAGCACCGGAAGCGUGGAUGUCAUCCCUGUCGCAAACCUCACUGCAUCGAGUGGUAAAAUAACACCAUGCAGAGUUGUUCCGGGUGCUACUCCAGGAACCCACAAGGUCGAGUACAUCCUCGCAGAGAAAGGCACGAACACACUGGAGGUGAAGGUCGCGGGGCAGCACGUCGGCGGCAGUCCGUACGUGAUGCGCGCCUACGACCCUGCCUCGGUGCGUCUGCUCAACCUGCCUACACAGGCCACGCUCGUCGGCAAGCCCGUACAGUUCAUAGUUGACGCGUCGGAUGCUGGCUCGGGCAACCUGGAGAUCAUGGUGAACAACGGCAUGGUGCACUGUGACGUGUCGAAACUGGGUAACCAGAAGUACCAGGUGUCGUUCGUGCCGAGCGAGGCCAAAGCACACGUCGUAGAGUUAACCUUCAACAAGAUGGGAGUACAGGGGUCACCUUGGACUCACGAGGUCGUGGAUGCUGGUCGGGUCACUCUACACGGGGAGGGUCUGCAAGCGAUACGCGUCAGCAAGAUGGCUACGUUUGAUGUGCACACUGAGGGUGCCGGACCUGGGGAGGUCAUAGUGAAAGUGAAAGCCCCUAGUGGACGGAUGGUACCAUGCCGCAUUGUACCAACAACCAGAGAUACGUAUACAGUAGAAUACAUGGCAACAGAAGUUGGACCACAUCAUCUAACUGUAAGUUAUGGAGGAAAGGACGUCAGUGGAAGUCCAUUCGUCGUUAAGGCAUACGAUCCAACUAAGAUUCUCGUUGGGCCUGUACCUAAUGCAGUCUUGGGACAGCCCAUCACUUUCAAUGUUGACGUUGGCAAGGCGGGUCAAGGUCAGCUGGAGAUCGCGAUUAACAGCGGGCAGGUUCCGAACACCGUGAAGGUUAUGCCGGGUGGGAUCUGCCAGGUGACGUUCGUUCCGCGUGAACUCAGCACGCACCACAUCGACAUCAAGUUCAACAAAGUGCUUGUGCCAGGGUGUCCAUACAAGUGUCUCGUGAGCGAUCUAUCACAGCUGUCUGUGGUCGGAGCCGGCAUCGGAGAGCGAGUCAUGGUGGACAGACAGGCGACGUUCAGCGUGUCCGGUGUUACACAGGGCGAGAAACCACACGUCGUCAUCACAGCUCCGAGUGGCUACAACGUAAACACUCACGCAUACCACACGGACAACAAAACCUAUACGGUGGAGUACACGCCGAAGGAAGCUGGCAUGUACAAGGUUAACGUCGAGUACCCGGCUGGUAGGCACAUCACAGGAAGCCCGUUCAACGUCAAAUCGUUUGACCCGUCGCAGGUCACCGUGUCUGAAAUAAAAAGGGGUCGCGUGGGACAGACGACGGAAUUCACAGUGGAUGCGAGUAGAGCGGGAGAGGGCAGCUUGGAUAUCAGCGUCGAGGCGCGUGGGCGCGUGCUUCCCUGCCAGGUGUUCCCUAGAGCCAACGCGGUGUUCGCGAUCACGUUCCAGCCGGUCGACGCCGUGCCGCAUUACGUGACAGUCAGCUUUAACCGUGAGCCGGUGCCCGGCAGUCCGUUCCUGGGCGUGAUCACCGAUGAGUCGGGGCAGCUGCGGAGGGAGCACGACGUGAACGCGGCGACGAGCGCUGUAGAGUCGAGCCAGCUCGUGAAGAGCACCCCGAAUCAGGAGAACCUACAGCCGAGUCAGGUCGCGAAUGUCGCUGGCAGCACGAGCCAGAACAAGACGAGCUACAAGAAAACGACGAGUUCCACGAAGGUCGUGAAGUCCUCCACUAGCAGGAUGACCGACAGUCAGGGCAAGACGGAGAUGUCAGGAUAUGCUGAGGAGAGCCAAUCUUCAUCUAGAAAGGAAGGUGACCGGCCUGCUUUGAAAGAUGAGAGCCGCUACACUGUCACCAAGUCUGCGGUUGACACCCCCGAGUAUGCAGACUCCAAGACAAAGAUGACGUACAAGACAAUGGAUGAACCGGAGAAGGUGGAGAAACACAGGACAACCGUGACCAAAUCUCAUGAUGGACCCGAUUCCAUACACACUGAGAUUUUCAAGACGGAUGGCAGAGGUCAGCCUUCCAUAGAGAGAGAAACCUCCUUCAGGUCAAGUGGAGGUGUGGAGCGAGCGACCAGCUCCGCGUCAAGCACAGCGCGCGCGCACGACGCGAGCAAGGACUACACGGUGCCGCUGUACGUGAGCACGAGCGACCGACAGCAGCAGCAAGCCACCAGCCGGAGCCACCAGUCGUCGCACAGCGAGCAGGUUCCGUACUACGUCGAGACGCAGAGCACGCUGCCGGCGCGGGAGCCGCACGAGCGGUCGGGUCACAGCGACAGCUGGUCGAAGGUCGACUACUCGUCGUCGGACGCGCGCCGCGCUGCGCCGACGCAGUCAAAGUCCGAGGAGAGCUUCUCGAAGUCGGAGGAGCCAAACUAUGAGAAAAGUCAAGAAGGUCCCAAGCGUGUGACAAAGUCGACGCGCGUUGUGAAAGAAAUGCGUAAGAAGGAAGUGAAAUCAACAACCCGUACAAGCCACUCUGGUUCGCGGGAGGUGGACCGGCGCGACACGGGCGGAGGUCCGCUGUACGUCACCGACACGAGUCACUCGUACGAGCGACGCGAGCAGCCGUUCCGCGAACCGCUGGCAGACGAAGCGGAGCGCGCGUACUACGCGACGGAGAGCGGCCGAGAGAACAGCUCGCACGCGGAGUCUAGCUCCACUAGCAAGGUGUUCACCACCAAGGAGCUGAACAAGGUGCGCAUGGAUGGGCGUGGGAUAACGGCAGCAACACUUAAUCAGCCGUCACAUUUUAUGAUAGACUCCCGGGGCCAAGGGGAGCCAACCGUCGUCAUCAAAGCCCCAAAUGGUGACACGAUCCAAGUGAGCAUUAGAGACAGAGGCAACGGCAUCUACAGAGUUGAGUACACUGCGACUAUGUUAGGUGACCACAAGGCAAUGAUCUUGUUCCACGGUAUGGAGAUACCCAAUUGUCCGUACGUGAUCAAGGUAUACCACGUGAGCAAUGUGAAAGUAAAGGACAUGCCUGUGGGCACUGUAGGAGUACCAGCAACCUUCAUGGUUGAUGCUAGCGAGGCUGGAUCAGGCAACCUAGAGGUGACGGUUAACGAUGGGGACCUGCCAGCCUCGGCCGAGUACAUAGGAGGCAAUCGCUACGCUGUCUACUUCACGCCAGCCGAGGCGAAACCACACAAGAUCCAGCUGAACUUCAACGGCGAGAUAGUGCCAGGCAGCCCCUUUACCGUGCGGGUAGAGAAGGGAACAGGAGCCGUCGUGGACGUCAGCAGGGUGUACGUACACGGCGAUGCUUUUGGCAAGGUGCCAGUCAACAGAGCGGUUGGUUUCACCGUGGAGCCACGUGACGCCGGACCCGCCGACUGUUCAGUCAUCAUCACUUCUCCGAGCAAGCAGGCAGUGCCGCACCACACGUCGCGACCGACCGCUGGUAAGAUCCACGUUGAGUUCACACCACGAGAGGUCGGGGAGCACGCCGUCGUUGUCAGGGAGUCCAUUCCGCUGUGAUGUCAUCGAUUCAUCAGGCAUCACCGCGAUGGGAGAUGGACUGCGGCGGACCCCCGUCGGAAAGUCGGCCAUGUUUAUCAUUGAUCCACUGGGGCUAGCGAUUGCAGAUAUCCAGAUGUACUGCCAGUCGCCAAGCGGACAAAAGGUACCACUGGAGGUUUCUGGAACAGCAAAGUUGAAGGUCGAGUAUACGCCGCUAGAGGUCGGCAUACACACGUUGUCGAUCAUGCACGCAGGGCGCGACAUCGUCGGCAGUCCCUUCCGUUGCAACGUCUACGACUCGUCCAGAGUGAAAGUGUCACGAAUCGGACCGGGGACAGUUGGCGUGCCCGUCAAAUUCCACGUCGAUUCUACAGAGGCUGGCGAGGGCCUGCUCUCAGUAGAUAUCUCCUGCAAAGGUCGCAAGGUCGAGUCGUUUGUGCGGCAGAUGGGAGAGGGCAUGUAUGAUGUGGAAUUCACGCCCAAGGACAGUGCACCGCACAUGGUCGAAAUCACGUGGAACAACGAGGUCGUUGGCGAUUUGAAAUCGGGAAAGAGUCGGACCUGUUUAGAUCCAAGAGUGAUAUGUAAAGGCUGUUGCGAAGGUCAGAGUUCGUUUGGCAUUAUGCAUGCACACUUUCACUAGCUGUCUCCUGCUAUUAGCUAGCCUUGUAGACGUACACGUAAUUAGGCAGCACAUAAGUGAGUGUUUUCUAGAAUCGCUUGUUUCCUCGAAACAUGUUGAUCGAUUUUGUCUACCUCUGGUAAUUGAUUGCCUAUCGAACUCUGGUUCGCAUGCAUGCACUCACCGCGAGCACACUGUUCGGUCAUGUACAUGCACCUGUUCAAAAUGUAAUGUCUUUCCCAUAUCAUGCACCCACGCACGCACGCGCGCGGACGCACGCACGCAUGCACGCAUAUGUAAAGCGUGAGAAGAGUAAAACCUGUGGUUUGAUUAUUAGCAGCACUCUA